CCGGGAGCGGCGCGCCUUGAAGGACGCCCGAGAUGGGGAGCAAGGGGCAUUAUCGGUACCACUGGCAGAGCCACAAUGUCAAGCACAGUGGUGUGGAUGAUAUGGUGCUACUUUCCAAGAUCUCAGAAGAUUCCAUUGUGGAAAACCUCAAGAAGCGAUACAUGGAUGACUACAUAUUUACCUACAUCGGAUCCGUGCUGAUCUCUGUGAACCCUUUCAAACAGAUGCCGUACUUUGGAGAGAAAGAAGUUGAAAUGUACCAAGGAGCUGCUCAAUAUGAAAAUCCACCACAUAUCUACGCUCUAGCGGACAACAUGUACCGAAACAUGAUUAUUGAUCGGGAGAACCAGUGCGUGAUAAUCAGUGGUGAAAGCGGGGCUGGGAAGACGGUGGCUGCCAAAUACAUUAUGAGCUACAUCUCGAAAAUAUCAGGAGGAGGCCCCAAAGUGCAGCAUGUCAAGGACAUCAUUCUGCAGUCUAACCCCCUUUUGGAGGCCUUUGGAAAUGCCAAGACAGUUCGGAACAACAACUCCAGCCGAUUUGGGAAAUACUUUGAAAUCCAGUUUAGCCCAGGAGGGGAACCAGAUGGGGGGAAAAUUUCCAACUUCUUGCUGGAGAAGUCACGGGUGGUGAUGAGAAAUCCUGGAGAGCGCAGCUUCCACAUUUUUUAUCAGUUGAUUGAAGGUGCCUCCGGUGAGCAGAAAACCAGUCUUGGUAUCACCAGUAUGGACUAUUAUCACUACUUGAGUCUCUCUGGAUCCUACAAAGUGGAAGACAUUAAUGACAAAUCUGACUUUCAGGAAACUCUGCACGCCAUGAACGUGAUCGGGAUCUUCGCAGAGGAGAAGGCUUUGGUUCUGCAGAUUGUGGCUGGCAUCCUUCACUUGGGCAACAUCAGCUUCAAAGAAGUUGGCAACUAUGCUGCGGUGGAGAGCGAGGAGUUCUUGGCAUUCCCAGCUUUCCUCCUGGGCAUCAACCAGAGUCGACUGAAAGAGAAACUGACCAGCAGGCAGAUGGACAGCAAGUGGGGCGGCAGAUCGGAGUCCAUUAACGUGACCCUCAAUGUGGAGCAGGCAUGUUAUACCCGAGAUGCCUUGGCCAAAGCCCUUCAUGCCAGAGUCUUUGACUACCUGGUGGAUUCGAUUAAUAAGGCGAUGGAAAAGGAUCAUGAAGAAUACAACAUUGGUGUCCUGGACAUCUAUGGCUUUGAAAUAUUUCAGAAAAACGGGUUCGAACAGUUCUGCAUCAACUUUGUCAACGAGAAGCUGCAGCAGAUCUUUAUUGAGCUGACGCUGAAGGCAGAGCAGGAAGAAUAUGUGCAAGAAGGAAUUCGCUGGACACCCAUUGAUUAUUUCAACAAUAAAAUUGUGUGUGAUCUCAUAGAGAACAAAGUGAAUCCACCGGGCAUCAUGAGCAUUCUGGAUGACGUAUGCGCUACAAUGCACGCCGUGGGCGAGGGAGCUGACCAGACCCUGCUGCAGAAACUACAGAUGCAGAUCGGGACUCAUGAGCACUUCAACAGCUGGAAUCAGGGCUUCAUCAUCCACCAUUACGCGGGAAAGGUGUCCUACGACAUGGAUGGUUUCUGUGAGAGGAACCGGGAUGUUCUGUUCAUGGACUUGAUCGAACUCAUGCAAAGCAGUGAAAUGCCUUUUAUAAAGGCUCUCUUUCCAGAAAGCCUCCAAGCUGAUAAAAAAGGCCGCCCUACGACUGCUGGCAGCAAAAUUAAGAAACAAGCAAACGACCUCGUGGGCACCCUGAUGAAAUGCACUCCUCAUUAUAUCCGCUGCAUCAAGCCGAAUGAAACAAAAAAGCCUCGAGACUGGGAAGAGAGCAGGGUGAAACACCAAGUGGAGUAUCUUGGGCUCAAGGAGAACAUUCGAGUACGGCGAGCAGGUUAUGCCUAUAGGCGAGUGUUCAAAAAAUUCCUGCAGAGGUACGCCAUCCUGACGAAAGCGACCUGGCCUUCCUGGAAAGGUGAUGAGAAACAAGGGGUUCUCCAUUUGCUCCACUCGGUCAACAUGGAUCCUGACCAGUACCAGCUGGGGAGGACAAAAAUCUUCAUCAAAGCACCAGAGUCUUUAUUCCUGCUGGAAGAGAUGCGAGAACGAAAAUAUGACGGCUAUGCACGGGCAAUCCAGAAGGCGUGGCGGAAAUACGUGGCCAGGAAGAAAUAUGUACAAAUGAGAGAAGAAGCCUCUGAUCUGCUGCUGAACAAGAAGGAGAGGAGGCGAAACAGCAUCAACAGGAACUUUGUUGGGGACUACAUCGGCAUGGAGGACCACCCUGAGCUGCGCCAGUUCGUGGGCAAGCGUGAGAAGAUCGACUUUGCCGACAAGGUCACCAAAUACGACCGGCGGUUUAAGGGUGUCAAGCGAGACCUCAUCCUGUCUCCCAAGUGUGUGUACCUGAUCGGGCGGGAAAAGGUGAAGCAGGGCCCAGACCGAGGCCUCGUGAAGGAGGUGUUGAAGCGGAGGAUCGAGGUGGAGAGGAUCCUGUCCGUCUCUUUAAGCACCAUGCAGGACGACCUCUUUGUUCUCCACGAGCAAGAAUACGACAGCCUCCUGGAAUGCGUCUUCAAAACGGAGUUCCUAAGCCUUUUGUCAAAGCGCUACGAGGAGAAAACGCAAAGGAGGCUACCUCUGAAAUUUAGCAAUACGCUUGAUGUGAAGCUGAAAAAGGAGACCUGGGGGCCGUGGAGUGCUGGAGGGUCUCGCCAAGUGCAGUUCAGCCAAGGCCAGGGAGACGUGGCCAUUCUCAAGCCAAGCAAUAAAGUGCUGCAGGUCAGCAUUGGGUCAGGACUUCCAAAAAACUCCCGGCCCACCAGACGGAACUUGACCCAAAACAGAGGCAGUUCCAACAGGACUCCGGGCCAGAACUAUCCUUCCAGGGCUGCUCCACCUCCCCCUGGUCUUCAUCAGAAUGGGGUGAUAAGAGCCCCAUCACUUGUACUGCAUCCGCAAGGCUUGGCAAGCCAGCGAGCCAGCCAAAGAAGUUUAUACACAAGCAUGGCAUGCCCGUCCUUGCCACAGGUCUCUGGAGGAUCAGGCAGGAUUUCCCAGCAACCAGACAGCCUGGACUUCCUCAAGGUGCCGGAUCAAGGUGCUGCUGGAGCUCGCAGGCAGACUACAAACCGGCCCACACCCGCGGGAGGCAGACCAAAGCCACAGCCGAAGCCCAAGCCUCAGGUACCCCAGUGCAGGGCACUGUACGCCUACGAUGCUCAGGACACAGAUGAACUCAGCUUUAACGCCAACGAUGUCAUCGAUAUCCUCAAAGAAGAUCCCUCAGGCUGGUGGACAGGCAGGUUGAGAGGGAAGCAAGGCCUGUUCCCCAACAAUUACGUGACCAAGGUGUGACAGUGCUGGCCAAGAGACCCUUUCUGAGCACCUCGAAGCCAGCUGUGCGACUUUCCCGCUGUUGUCAAC